CUUGUGUUCGUCUCCGCUCUCGCCUCGCUCCGACUGCUCCGCUUCCUGCCUUCCCCAUGGCGGCGGCGCCGGCGGCGGCUCACCUCCUAUCCUCCCCGCCCUCCGCCUCUCCAGCGCACCCCUCUCCCCUCCCUCCUCAUGCCCGCCCCCGCACGCGCCGGGCCAAGGCUGUCGGAGCCCUCUCCUGCCGCGCUUCGCUGGGCCCCGACGGCUCCCUCGCCGCGCUUGCGCCCUCUGUACCCAGGGUGGAGCCCCGGAGGAGGCCGUACCUGCGGGAGCACUCCUGCCUCGUCUUCCCUCCGCUGCGAGGCCGGCGCCCGCUCGCAGUCGUCAAGUUCCUCGGGGGCGCCUUCAUCGGCGCCGUCCCCGAGGUCACCUACAGCCAUUUCCUGGAGCUCCUGGCGCGGGAGGGCUUCCUGGUGGUGUCCGUGCCGUACAACGUCACCUUCGACCACGAGGCGGCGGCGCGGGAGGUCUUCGAGCGGUUCCACGGGUGCUACGACGCGCUGCUCUCGUCGGGCCUCCCGGAGGCCGGGCUGAGCGCGCUGGACAUCGCGGAGCUCCCGCUCUACUCGGUCGGCCACAGCAACGGUGCGCUGCUUCAGCUGUUGGUGGGGAGCUACUUCUCAGAGAAGAUACCAAAGGCUAAUGCCAUUGUCUCGUUCAACAAUAGGCCGGCUUCAGAGGCUGUUCCAUACUUUGAGCAGAUAGGCCCCCUUUUUAGUCAAGUAAUGCCUAUGAUGAAGGCAUCACCUGUUUACUCUGCAGCCAGAAAUGCAUCAGGAGAUGCAUGGAAGGCCCUAUUUGAUUUAGCUGAAGGCUUUAUACAAGUGUAUGAUCAAGAAGCUAUGGUAUCCCUGAGCAAAUUUGUCGACCAGUUACCAUCAGUAAUGAAUCAGGUUACAGAAGGUGUAUCUGAAUUCAAACCAACACCACCUGAAAACCGUGAAUUCUGCAAGAAUUCCUACAGUGUGCCCAACACACUAUUGGUGAAAUUCAGCAUUGAUGCUAUUGAUGAUACAGACAUAGUCGAAGAUGUCUUGAAGCCCCGGGUGGAUUCAAUUGGUGGACAAAUAAAGAAAGUCAUACUGUCAGGAACACAUCUAACUCCAUGCAUACAGGAUGUGAAAUGGCAGAUUGGUUCAGAGUACACACCAGCAGAUGCUCUAGCCCAGGGUUUGAAAUCAUUGGCUCUCAAUGAAACUAGGGUCCUCUCAAGAACUAUUGCUGAUUGGUUUAGAUCUCUUUAAAUGUUUAGUCACGAUGUGCAUUCAUUCAAGUUUGCAUAGCUGCUUACAAAGGACCGCUGUGGCAAGGAGACAUUGGAGUACAAAAUUUACUAGGAGUCAUGCAUUUGGGCUGAGUCGAGUUUGUCAUGCAUGCUCACCCACAGGCCGUACUAAAGAUAUCUGAUCAAGAUUGGGAAGGUUGGGCCCAAGUGUUUCCCUUGGACUCUAGUUACAGCACAGGUCAUACAAUGCAUUUAACCCAUGGUCCAACAAAACAUAAUCCUGUCUCAGUCUCGCCAUACAUUGGAUAGCUCUGUGUUACAGCCACAGCUGUUUAUGUUGGCACUUGGCAGCGACGCUUCAUGCUUGUGCGCCAUGCAGCUCGUACGCCCGGCUUGAUUUGGAUCAGCAGAUUGGUUUUGCUCAGAUCAGUGGAGCGUGUCAGCCCUAUCUUUUUGUCUGUGCUUAUGCUUAUA